AUGAAAAGCACUAUUCUAUUGCCGGCUAAUGAGCUUAACUAUAAUGUAACUGAAAUGAACCACACUGCAUUAAUUGAUAAACUUCAAAUCAAACCUACAAAUCUCAUAGAAUGGAAACAAAGACAUUACAUAACAAAUUAUUUGAAUAACAAUAAGAAAGUGAAAAUAUAUAUAUCCUCAGGAAAUUGGUAUGUCAACGAAGACUUUCAAAGACUGACAUAUAAAUUAGAUGAAACCUUAGCUUAUUGUGAUAUACCAUGCAUCUGGCAGCAAAAAAGUUUAUCUAGCAUACCUUCAACAGAACAUGAAACGGUUGAUGCCUUAUUUAAUGUUGAUUAUGCAUUUCUACCAGAACAGAAGGCGUGGAAAGGGCAAAAAUAUAUAAAACUUUCUAUAGAGCCUAAAACUUAUGGUGGAGGUUUCGAUAGAGAUUAUGAAUCAUUUGAUAUUCAUUCAUCAUUUGACGAAGAUUCUGAUGUACCCACGAGUUACGUUCGAUUUGAUCCUGAAAAAUUGAGAAUAAUACAACCUUUUAACAUAUCAAAGCUUUCAUCAAAUUCAACACUUAUCUCAUUAAUUGCUAGCCACACGACCGAUUUCAGAAGCUCUUUUAUUCCAUCCCUUCAAGUUCAUAUGCCUGUCGCAUCUUUUGGUCUUGUCAAUCGUAAUGCCCAUUGGGACCUUUACCCUGAAUGUUUGAAUGUAAAAGUUGAUCCUAAAAAUGGUGCAAUUUUAGAAAAAUUUGAGACUAAAAAUUGUGUAAUUUCUAAAUUUCCUUUUUAUUUAUCAAUUGAAAAUUGUCAAGAGAAAGAUUAUUCUACUGAAAAACUUUGGGAUACAUUUAAAUUAGGUGUAGUGCCUGUUAUAUGGGGCGCACCUAAUACUCGUUCAUACUUACCACAUCCUAAAUCGGCUAUUUACAUUGAGGACUUUCCAGAUGUUGAAGCUCUUGCAAACCAUUUAAAAUAUUUGACUACAAAUGAGACUGCAUAUUUAGAAUAUCAUCAAUGGCGAACUAUGAAAUUCUCAGACAAGUUUGAGGAAAAGGCAUAUAUGAGUAUGCGUAAUUUAGAAUGUAAUAUGUGUAAAGAAGUUGCUAGAUUAAGGAUUUUAGAUGAAUGA